AUGGCUACGUUGGCCGAACACGCGGCUGACUUUAGUGGCAUGCUGGCCGCAAGUGGCAUGGGCAUGCCGCAGCCGAUGACCGCCGCACCGGUGCCGCUCGCCUUGCACCCGCACCACCAGUCGGUGCGCGGCCCUCUACCGGGCCUGGUGAAAAUCGCUCAGCCUCAACCGACGGCGGUGUCGGCGGCCAACAAGGCGGGUUCUCCGCUACAAAACGGCAAUCAGUCGGCUCAAGACGUCGCGGCUGUGGUGGCCGCACAACAGCAACAACAACAACAACAGCAACAGCAAUUACAACAACAGGCCAUCAUCGGCGGCGGCAAACAAAAUGGCUCCGUGGCGGUCGAACAAAUGGUUUCGGCACCAUCGCCCAGCGGCCGGUCAACGCCAAACAGCAGUACCGAGGGCACUUCGGCCAAACUCUUCGUCGGUGGACUCAGCUGGCAGACGUCGGCCGACAAGCUCAAACAGUAUUUCGGCAUGUUUGGUGAUGUGACCAACGUGCUCAUCAUGAAGGAUCCCAUCACGCAGAGGAGUCGUGGUUUUGGAUUCAUCACGUUUUCUGACGCUGAAACGGUGGAGAAGGUGUUAGCCGUGCCCAUACACACGUUGGACGGUAAGAAGAUCGACCCGAAGCACGCGACACCCAAGAAUCGCCCAAAGGCCGGCAGUAAGACCAAGAAGAUAUUCGUAGGCGGCGUCAGCCAGGACACCACCGCUGACGAGGUAAAGGCGUACUUUAGCCAGUUUGGCAAGGUAGAGGAGACGGUGAUGCUGAUGGACCAACACACCAAACGUCACCGUGGCUUCGGGUUCGUCACGUUCGAGAAUGAUGACAUAGUGGACACGAUAUGCGAGAUCCACUUCCAUACGAUCAAGAACAAGAAAGUGGAAUGCAAGAAGGCGCAGCCCAAGGAACUGGUGCAGCCAGCGGCCGCGGCCGCCGCAGGCCUGUUGCUGGGCAAGCGCCCUGUGUUGGUCGGUGGACCGCUGGGCGUCCGUGUGGCAGCCGCCCCGGUGUCGCAGGCGAGCCACCAGCUGGCAGCAGUGCAACAAGCUCAGGCACAGGCCCAGGCGCAGGCUCAAGCGGCCGCGGCCGCGGUGGCCGCGCACAACUACAACAAGCUGUUCGCCACUUACCCAGGACUGGCCAGCUACCGUUACGCCCCGUAUCCAGUGCCGGUGUCCGCAGCUGCGGCCCCGCAGCAAGCAGCCGCCGCCCCGCAACCGGUGCCCACAGCUGCCGCGGCCACGCAGGCCGCGUAUCCGGCCUACAGCCUGUCCGGCAUCGACAUGAGUGGCUUCCAAGGCAUCGACUGGUCGUCCAUGUAUGGCAUGGGCGGCAUGUACGUUUAG